CUUGUUGCCUGGGCACCGAUGUCAGUCGAUGUGGGGCAACAACCUCAAGACCAUCCCCAAAGGGGUGGAUGGCAAAGCUCGACUGGAAGCGGUCAGGUUGCGGGUCAAUGGCCCGCAAGGGCCGAAACCCGGCUCAGAAGAGGACAGGCUUUCAUACCUACGCUCAGACCACAUGCUGGUCCGCUUCCUCAUUGCACGGCAGUGGGAUGUGGAGAAAGCGGUUGCGAUGCUGGAAGGCCACUACAGGUGGCUGGCUGAGACCAACAUGUCUCAGUUGCUCAAGGAUCCAUUCCCUGAGGAGGUUCACAUCAAGCGCUUCUAUCCACAGGCCUACCACGGGACCGACAAACUUGGGCGUCCUUUGUACAUUGAACGGCCCGGGCAGAUCGACAUGCCCCGGCUCCUCAAGGCCACGACCUGUGAACGGGUCCUGCAGUAUGUCUACGCGCAGACAGAACUGCAGAUCCGGCGACGACUACCUGCUUGCACUUUAGUUCGCGGUGAGGUCGUUGACAAGUCCCUGAAUAUCAUGGACUUGGACGGGCUGAGCUUCCGUAUUGUCACCCACACCACAGCUCGGAAAGUCGUGAGGGAUGUGGUCACGAUGUUGCAGAAUCACUACCCCGAAUGCAGUGGGAGGAUGGUGAUCAUCAACGCACCCAAAGUCUUCGGCAUCGCCUGGUCCUUCGUGAAACCGCAAUUGGACGAAAAGACCGUGGCGAAAAUCUCCAUCUUUGGCAGCGACCAACGGGAGGCAUAUGUGAGGUGUCUCCUGGAUUUGGUGGAUGCAGAGCAAUUGCCUGCAAUGUAUGGUGGAAAAUGCAUGUGCGACAACAAAGAUCCUUUGUCUUGCAUGAGAGCUGUGAAGGGCCCUUGGGCUGACCCAGAGGUCUUGAAGUGUUUGGAGGAGCAUCCCUUGGACAAGAUCCUGACGCCCGAGGGUGCCAAGUUGUUGGUGGAGAAGCGGGAAGUUGAAGCUGCAUCGAAACCAGAUGAGACCAGCCUUGCUACAGAAGAUGAGGAGGCUGGGGAAGAGCGCGAUGCUGUUCCACCAGGUUUGCCUAGUGGCUUCCUGACAAGGUCUAAUAUGGUUCUCCCAGAGAAGGAAGCAGAGCUCUUAGAGGCCGAACGUCAAGCAGCAGCAAUCCUAGCAGAAUACCAAGAGGUGGAUGAGGUCCACGUGAAGACUUUGACAGACUGGGUGGCUGAAUUCAACGCCCUGAUGCAGGAAAUCGGCCGCCCAGUCAUAGAACGAGCUCAAGGCUACUAUGAUAGCCGUGCACUCUGGCAGCAGGCCGUCCAGGACUUUGCUCAUCAGCAGGGGGAGCUGGAUGAAGUGAACAAAAAGCUGGAGGUUGCUGUGAAGAACUUGGCAACUGCUGAGGCGGCUUUCGAAGCCUUCCUCCAGGGUUCAGACCCGCUCAGCAAGCAGCAGUGGGAAGAUCUUGCUCCUGCCAAGGCGGAAGAGGUAGAUGCAGUGUGCGACGAUCCAAAACUUCUUCGGAUGAUUCGAGUUUCAUGGCUGGGAGAUGCAGUAGCCUCCCUACAGCGGCAUCGUGACCUGGCUUGCUCGGAGCUUUCAAUGAAGCGCGAUGAAUUGGAUGAAUGCCGAAGGAGAUUCGAGUUCGAAGACUUGCAACACAGUGGAUGUACCUGGAACUGCUCCGUGAAACGCGCAGCUCCUUUCUACGAAAAGCGACGGCUACAUGAGUCAAAGGUGGACCACCAGCUGCAGCAACUCCAAAUCGUGGAACAUCGGCUCAAAGAAGCUCGUCAGCGCGUCACUCUGCUGCAGGCAGAGUCUCCGGACGGAAAGAGCAGGUCUCGAUCUUGCCAAUUGGAUGAGAUGAGCCUGCAGAGCUUCGAGAUUGCUGGCGGAGAGCCAGCUCAAGACGAAUUUCAAUCGUGCGAUGAGGGUUCGUCCGACGAGAACUGAAGCGCCCUGUGCCACGCGGGACGCAUCUCCUAAGGGCGGAUUCAAAA